GUUCGUCGCUGUCAUAGCGCUAUCCUUUUCCCACUCACGCACAUAGACGGAGCACAGCUCUCCGUCGUGCUUCUUCGUUUGCAGUCAGUGGAAUAUCCAUUCAAUGGCUGGAGGACAAGAAAAAUGGUAUUUUACAAAAGAGCAACUACAGAAUUCAGCAAGCCGAAAAUGCGGCUUAGAUGCGGAUAAAGAGCUAGCCUAUCGGCAGCAGGCCGCGAAUCUCAUCCAAGACAUGGGCCAGCGGCUUCAGGUUUCUCAGCUAUGUAUCAAUACAGCAAUAGUGUACAUGCAUCGGUUCUACGCGUUCCACUCCUUCACACAGUUUCACAGGAACGCUAUAGCCGCUGCAGCACUGUUCCUCGCCGCAAAGGUCGAAGAGCAACCAAGAAAGUUAGAAUAUGUAAUUAAGGUAGCACAUGUCUGUCUCCACAGAGGUGAGGGAGUGAACGCCCUCACCUCUGAACAGUAUCAGGAACAGGCGCAGGACUUGGUUUUCAACGAGAAUGUCCUGCUACAGACAUUAGGUUUCGAUGUAGCGAUCGACCACCCGCACACACACGUGGUGCGCACCUGCCACCUUGUAAAAGCGCCCAAGGAUUUGGCUCAAACAUCAUACUUUAUGGCGUCAAACAGUCUACAUCUCACGACGAUGUGUCUCCAGUACAGACCGACGGUGGUCGCUUGCUUCUGCAUACAUCUGGCGUCGAAGUGGAGUAAUUGGGCGAUACCGCAAUCACACGAAGGCCGUCACUGGUUCUCGUACGUGGACCGGAGCGUGACGACGGAGCUGCUUGAACGGUUGACGGCUGAGUUCCUUCACAUAUUCGACAAGUGCCCAUCGAGGUUGAAGAGGAAAAUGAUGACAAUGUCCAACAGUGGAGGUUCCCCGGGAGCACACCCGCCCGGUUCAGCGGUAGCGAACUCGCCGUUCGACAAGAAACACUCGCUCGUCAACAGCGAUGAAAUCGACAAGUCAUUUGAUAAAGAAUACGAACGCGAAAGGCGUCGCCAACAACCACCGGGACAGGGAGGUUACGUGCCGGCAACCGCGCCGCCGAACCCCACGCAACCACAGAAAAUAGAUUACAAUCUAUACAGAGAGAAGCGGGAGAGGGAAGAGAGAGAGAGGCGGGAGGAGAGGGAGAGGCGACAGCAAGCUCUCCAAAGGCCGGGGGUUCCUCAACCGAAUCCAAGGCCGAACCCACCACCACCACACCAUCGACCCUCCUCCAGCCAACACCACAAACCUCACCAUCCUUGGCCACACAAGCCACCCCAUCACAAACCGCCUCACGAUCACCGGCACAGACAACUUCCCGUACCUUCGACUUCAUCGAGUCAGCCGGCGGUUCCCCAUCAGCCGGAAGUCCCCCAACGUACCCGUCCACCGUCUCUAUUCUCACCCGAGAAUACAACUCCAGCUGUCGCGGCGUCUGCGCCCAGACGACCCCCCUCCAACCCGCAACAGAGGCCUAGGCCUGAACCUAGACCGGUACCCAAUUUACCACAACCCCCUCCGAAUGUAGCACAGGAACAGAAACCUCAUUCCGCGAGUCCACAUAAAAAACGUCCAGACCCAACGGCAGUCGUUCGAGACAUGCAACCCCCUGCCAUCCUAUCGCCCUUCUCGUCACCCCCCAACAAAGAAAUGAAAUCCCGUCAGAGACUGCCCUCAAACUCGGAACCUGAAUUAGUACCUGUAGUUAAAAAAAUUGAUGAAACGCCCGGAUACGAAAACGUCAUCAGAGAUUCUCAACGCGGCAACGCUAUCAAAACCAGACAACCUGAGAGGAAGCCCGACACGAGGUCUCUGAACGGUAUCGAAACCGAUCCCACCCUUGUAUCGAAUCUCCUAAAAGAGAGCUUAGCCAAGCCGGUUCCCAUUACCGUUCCAACGGAGAAAAAAUCGCCCGUGGAGGUUAAAAAGGAACCGGUGAUAGAGACUCCAGCACCCCCACCGGCUCCCCCACCUCAAUUGGAGCCUCCUCCCGUUCCCCAACCCCAGCCUCAGCCGAUCCCUCAACCGACUGAGGAGUCGGACCAUAAACACAAGAAAGAGAAGAAGAAGAAAGACAAACACAAACACAAGGAUCGCGACAAAUCGAAAGAAGAGAGAAAGAAACACAAGAAGGACAAGGAGAAGGAAAGGAAGGCGGAACCUCUCCCGCCCGCGCCGGAGACGGACGGAACCCUCAGGAUAACGAUACCGAGGGAAAAACUGUCGACGAGCCCCGGGCUCAAGAUAAAGAUCCCUAAGGAAAGGCUCGCCGUCCCCCCGCCGCCGCCGCAAAACGCCGGCCUCAAGAUCAAGAUAUCGAAGGAGGUGCUCGAGACGUCGCGCAAGCGGCCGUCGGGCGACCACGCGGGCCCUCCGCACAAGCUGCCGCGGCCCGAGGCCCCCCAUCCGAACAAGGUCGACCACACACUCGGCAACGGGCACCCGGGCAAGUGACAGCACACAUCCCGUAGCGCUACGUGUGUCGACGUUCCUCAUCAACAAACGGACCUCACUAGUGUAGUGUAAUUACUACCGGUUUUAUUUGUUUGUAACCUUUUUUUUUCCCACACUCAUGGUCACACGCGACGAGUCGCGAUGCUUGGGCGUUCGAUGUUAGUUUCAUCAUUUUUUUUUUUUUUCGACUUUUCAUUUUUUAAAUUCGUUCUUAUUUCGAACGUGUUCGAAUAUCGACUAUUUUUGUAAUGGAAUGUUAGUUUUGUGAUGAAAAGUGAUGGAACUAGAAGGUUUUAAAAUUGUGUUUGUAAAUAUGGGACGAAUUGUCUUUUUUUUUUUUAAUCGGAGAUGUAUAUAAAAUUAAUUAUAUAACCAGUUGCGUCUAAUUAUUCUAAUGCCUGCAUUUUGGAUAUACAGUUAGCCCAAUGAUUGACUGAUAAACAUUGUACCCGCUUUGUUCAAAACUCAUUGAAUUGUAUUUCAAACGAUUGAUUUGUAUUUAUAUAUAUAUAGUGAUAGUGAAUUUCAUAUCGAUUCUGUAAUUGAAAUGUUAAUUACGAACAUUUAAUAAGAACAUAGGUUUAUUAAAUAAGGCGUUUUAUACGGGAGUGGAUUUAGUUUUGAUAAAACCUUGGGUAUUUUUCGAUAUAAUUUCUUGUUUCAUGUGAUUAAUAAAUAAAUAAUAAAUUUAUAAUAUUGUUGAUAAUAUAAUUGAUUGCCGGGAAACAGUGAGAUAUCUCUGUGAGAAUAUAUUUCGAGUUUUAAAAGCUUUUAGUUUCAGAGCUGCUCGAAUUAAAUAUUUUAAACUUCCAAACUAAAUCCUCUCCUGAUUCUUAUAAUCAACGAAAUAAUACAAAAUGUUAAAGUGAUUAAAAUAUACGUUAGAUAAUUUGAUUCCAAAAUCGAAAUGAAAUCUUUAGCAAUCAAAAAGUUCCUUGUAUGCUUUUUUUAGAUUAUAUCCAUCUUACUAAAAAUAAUUAAUGAAAUUGAUCAAAUAUUUCUUAAAUAUUCGAAUUACGACAGUUCGCUAUGCCUUAUAAAUGUAAUAGAAUUACAUAAAUAAAUUCAUUAUUAAUGCCUGUUUAAUCUUUCGAACCAGAGAUGGUGCUGUGUGAACUUUGAACCGAGCUAUCAUAUAGAUCAAGCAUUAAUAAACUAUCCACCCACUGGCUAUACAUCAUUGCGAAGGUUGAUUAGGAGUAUCACUGGUCAAUAAUCAAGUUUUAAAUUCAUAUCCGGCUCGAAGGACCAUAAUCAAUGAAAAUAAAACAAACAAAUCUCCAACUAGUACUUGCCACAACUUUGCUUCCAUGUAUUUUCCGGGAUAAUAAGUAGUUUUCUGUCUCUUUUCAGCCCAUAAAUGUGAUGGGGGGGAAAAUGUGUCGAUCAGACGCAAAUAAUGAGUUUUCGUAAUUAAUGUAAUAUUAGUAGUGCAUACUAAUUUAUUAAAAAAAAUAAUCUACACACAAUUAAUAAUAUAAAGUCGUUUAUCUCGUAGCUUGUUAAUUUUUGAGCCGGGGAUAUGUAGUGGGGUUUUUUCAUUAACUCGUCAGUGGUAGUCUGAAGUUUCGGAAUCAGCAGUUUUCAAAAUUCAGGAGUUGGUAAUGCACGAACCGAUUAUGUCGGAUUUUUGCCCCCAUCGGAUAUAGGGAAAUGUGUUCGAACACACACACGUGCAGUAUAUCAUCAAUGAUUAUAUACUUUUAUAAAAUAUAUAGAACUAAAUCGGAGCUCGUUUCGAAGUGCGUACAGUGCCUUUAAUAUGUCUAUAAUCGAAAUAGUAAAUAAAUUAAUAAUAAUAAUAUUCACUUAAAAUUAAAAGCCUUCUUAUGUAACAAGCACAAUAUGUUCACAUUUUAUAUAAAAAAUAAUGUUAUAUAUCACAGCAAUAAUAGAAUUGAAGUAGCGUUAUAGAAACUACAAGAUAGACUGAGAUUAUAUUAACAUAUGUAUGUACAUUUAUUAUUAAACUUAGAAACCAAAAUAAUACCCAAAAUUACUUAGAUAUAAAAUUUGCCUCAAUUUUUUUUAUUCAUAAGUAAUUUCAAUGUUUUUUUUUUUUUUGUUUUGUCUCGUCUCAUGAAAAUGGCGAAAGUAAUUGAAUCAUACAGUCUGUAAGUAAUUUCGAAUUGUUUUAUUUUAAUUUUCAUUAAUGGCAUACAUUAAAGUUAUUUUAAUUUUAAUAUUAGUAUUUUAAAAAUAGAAUAUAUUUUAGUUGAAUUUUAUUCGUCAUUAAGCGACUACAAAAAUAGUUUAUAGUUUUAAUGUAAUUGUAGUGUAGGGGCCGCUUAGUAUAUUUUUUUUUCGUCUCUGGCAGGCCCAAGACUAAACAUUGAGUUUUUUUUUUAUUAAAUUAAAUACCAUUUGAAAAAGUUAAAUUAUCUGUGGCUGUGAAGACGACCACUACAGUCUUAAUUUAAAAAUUAGAUAACUUUUUUUUUUUAGUUAAAUAGUUUUAUCUGUUAAGAAAAUGUAUUGAAUUUAAUUUCGAUAUGUGACGAUUCUUAUGAUAUACUGACGAGUUAACUUAGGUACACUGAUGUUAAGUAAAUAAAUUGAAAAAAAUGUAUAAAAUAAUUGACCUUACUAAGAAUGUCUGUAAACGAAAUGUUUCCGUGAAUGUUACAAUUUAUUUUCAUAAAAAUAAUACUUAAAUGUCCGUUAUAAAUCUUACGUCCUCGACCAUGCGGUCACUUCAUGUGUUUUAGAAAUAGCUAGAGAAUGUAGUAAAUUAAAAAUCGAUUAAUAAAAUCGUUUCUUAAUUUAAGACUCGAUGGAAUUAGAUCGUUGACACAUUUUCUUUUUCUUAAGAUGGAAAAUUAAAAAAAAAUUAUAUAUAGUAAUUUUUAGUCGUAGAUGUCUAUCGUUAGAAUUAUUUCUUUUUAAUAUAGAAAUAAGACGUGUAAAUUUUGUAAAUUAUAUACGAAUCCGUAAGAUAAACGAUUCUAGUGUUAUUUUUCAUUAUCGAGAUGAUUAGAAUUAUAAAGUCGGAUAGCCUUGAUUCGAGUAUUAUUUGGGAAAAAACUCGAGUCAGAAUUUUUUAAAAAAUAUGAAAUAUUUCCGAACAAAGUGGGACAAUGUACAUUAUUAACAUAUUUAUUAUUAUUAUAAAAAAAAAAAUAAAAAUAUGAAAACUGUAUAAUAAAUUAUCUAAAUAGGGUAAACACGGCCACGGUUCUUAAUGCAGAAACAACUUGUGAUAUAACAGUUUGAAUUCAGGUAUAUAAUGGUUGUAACUAGAAUUGUUGUCUAUAUGUGUAUACGUAUGUUCGUUUUGAUGUAAUCGCCUAUCGGGUGGCCCUGAAGUUUUUAGCUUUUGUACAAUUUAAACGCUUGAAUCGUGGUCGACACGAUCAGGGCAGCCCAUUUGGAUUUUGACCAAAAACCUUAGCUAAAAUGUAUGCUAACAAAAGUAUAAUGAAAUUUAAAAAAAAAUAGCAUAUAUAUAUAUUUGGAAUUUAUUUCGCCGUUUAAUUACUUGCUCUUCUAAUAUCCAAAGUAUUUAAUUUAAAUAUGUACAAAAAUUUAUAUUUCGAAUAACGAAAAUAUAGACGGUUUAUGUUUUUCUAAUUCAAUAUAAUGUAAUUGUAUUAAGUUUUUUCGUUUAAAAUAAAUACUUUGGACUUCAAAUUAGAUGUUUCUAGUACUAUAAAACGUCUAUAAAUAAAAAAAAAACAUUUGUUUUUUACUACAG